CAAAAUCAUAAUUAUCCCGGCUUCGUCUCGAGAUUUAAAUUUACCAUGUAGUAGCUCCGCUACGCGCUAUUCCACUCGCACUUUAGCUAAUUAACGUUAGAGUAAGAAAGACAAAAAACAAGUUUUCCCACUCCAACUACCCAGUACGGUAGGUUCACUCCGCCGCUAGUCUGGCCCGUCAUUAUCUUUCGUGCGCGCGUGCACUACGCACUUGGCUAUAAAAAUACAUACAUAAAUAGUGAUUUAAAUAAAAAUGUCGAAACGGUCACAUCAAGAAACCAAUGAAGACCGUUGGAGAAGAAAAAUAAAGGACUAUGAAGCUAAGCUGGCGACAACAAAACGAAGGCGUCGCGUGAUCUACUCCAGUGGAAGCGAUUCGAGCGAUGACGAGGCGAUAGAUGUACAACCAGAAGAACAUCUCAAUAACGACGUCGUCCAGACUGAGCUGUACACGGAUGAAAAUAAUGUGGUUGAAGAACCUGGCACCGAGUUAGCUACACAAGUAGAGGAAAUGAAUGAUCCAACAUCAUCAUCAGCCGGCCAGGUACCCAAUGUAGACCCUGAUUUACUUCUUGCACUUGGGGAUUCCGUCACGGAUACCCCUCAGUGGGGAGACGAUAUUCUGCAAGAUAUAUCUCAGCGAUGGGAGCCCAUACUUAAAACGGGUCUUGCAAAGGAAAUCAAGGAAGACCUUUUAAAGAAAUAUCUGUUUCCUAAAAACGUCCCCAUGUCAAAGCCCCCAGUGCUAAACCCAGAAGUGUCUGCCAUGCUAACCGAAACGUGCCGGAGCAGAGAUGCCCGCGUUUCCUCCAAGCAGAAUCAAAUAGGUCGCGCUAUCGCAGCCUUAGGAAAAGCUAUGUCCGGCAUACUAACAAAGUCUAUGAAGGGCUCGGAGGUUGUUAAAAUACUCAACGACGCCGGCAAGCUUCUCGCCGACUCUCACUUCUUAGAGACAGACACACGGCGAUCACUAAUUAUGCCGUUAUUAGAUAAAUCAUAUGUCACCCUGUUCAAAGAGCGGCCACGCGACAGUUUCCUAUUCGGGGAGAACUUGGGGGAGUUCAUCAAGUCGUCAAGGGGCAUAAAGAAGACAGGAGAGCUGAUCGCGCCCACGGCACCAUCUACUUCAUCCUCUAAUUUAAACUGGGCGGGCCUGCCGCGCCAGCAACGCGUCAACCGACCGCCAGUACAACGCGGCGGCGGCGGCGGGCAGCGAGCACCGCGGGCGGCCCCGCCGCCGCCGCCGCCGCGGCCGCGCCGAGCGCCGGCCCCUCCCCCGCGCGCCCCGCGCCGAGCACCGCCCGCAUCCAGCCGACGGCCGGCGCCGCGGUCGAGAUCCCCGUACCGGCGUGCGACGUAG